GUGAACGAAAACAAAGUGAAAACGAAAUAAUUUUCAAUCAGCUCGAAGCCAGUUGAGUGCUGCAAAAAGUGCUUAAAAACCAUUUGAAAAAUUUGUAUUUAAUCCGAAAAGUGCAAAUAACCCAAAACCAUCAGAAUGCCAUCUGCUGCUCCUCCAGCUGCGGGCCCUGAGCCUCCAAAGACAGAAUUGCAGGAAUUGCAAAUGAAAGCCAAUGAAGUGACAGACAAUUCUCUCGAAAGUACACGACGUAUGCUUGCUCUUUGCGAAGAGAGCAAGGAAGCCGGUAUUCGUACCCUGGUUGCUCUUGAUGAUCAGGGAGAACAAUUGGACCGCAUUGAGGAGGGAAUGGAUCAAAUCAAUGCCGACAUGCGUGAAGCCGAGAAAAAUUUAAGCGGUAUGGAAAAAUGUUGCGGAAUUUGCGUAUUGCCAUGCAAUAAGAGUUCAUCUUUCAAAGAGGACGAUGGUACAUGGAAGGGAAAUGAUGAUGGAAAAGUGGUUAACAAUCAACCGCAACGUGUUAUGGAUGAUCGUAAUGGCCUCAUGCCACAAGCCGGAUAUAUUGGAAGAAUUACUAACGAUGCCCGAGAAGAUGAAAUGGAAGAUAAUAUGGGUCAAGUUAGCACAAUGGUAGGCAAUUUAAGGAAUAUGGCACUCGAUAUGGGCUCAGAAUUGGAGAAUCAGAACCGACAAAUCGAUCGAAUCAAUCGAAAGGGAGAAUCUAAUGAGACAAGGAUAGCAGUUGCCAAUGAAAGAGCACAUGAUCUUCUCAAAUAAAUUCUUCAUGCAGCGACGCGACAUCAACAAAGUCAACAAAUUACGAAAAGAAAGAUAUGUUCUGACAUUAAUGACAAAAGUAAAAGGCGAAAAAAAUUAUCUAUAUAUUCAAGAUAUAUAUAUGAUGUAACUAUUAUGUAUUAAAAUUCACAAUCUUAUUAUAUAUAACAUAUAAUAAUAACAUAAACAUCAUUAUUAUUAUUAUGAUUAAAAACCAUUACAACCUAAACUUAAACAAAUGCAAGCUAUUGGCUCUUUAAAACAAUAUCACAAAUCUGCAUGCAAGCUAGAAUUUUCUCUUGUUCUCUUUACAAAAAAAAAAAAAAAAACUUGAAUUGCUGACAGACAGUUGAAAGACCAGAUUUGAGCACAUUCAUUCCAUAUUGUAUAAUUUUCUUCCUUUUAUUCUCUUCACCCACCGAAUGUAAAAUAAUAAGCGAGUCUUUCUGAAAAUGUGUAUCGUAAUUCAUCAACAAUAAGAAGAAAUAGGAGCAUUUAAUUUACUUUUCAUAU